GUGACAUCGGCGAUCGAGUCGAGUGAAUAUUGCAGUGCGGCCGCCAGACGCGGGGGCGCGCACUCCCUCGCCGACCGCGACAGUGAACGCACGUUAUUGUAAAUUAUUGUGACACGAAUAUUAGUGAUGGUGCUCGCCGACUUUUUGACAGAGACCAGGCGGAAAUGGCUGCAGGCCUUCAAGCUUUUCAAAAGCAAGAACAAGAAGGCGCGUAACCGCGUGUCCCCCGACUCGACCGCUUCGCAAUCUUGCAACGGCACCGUGGACGGGCGCACCGACAUCGACGUGAACUUCUGCUACCGCACCUCCCUCCCCCCCGCCUCCCUCGCCGCCGACGACAACCGCUCCUUCCACAGCGGCUACAACAGCUACAGCAGCCACCAGGAGAGCCUGCGCAGCUACGGCAGGUCCGUCUCCACGCAUUCCGACUCCGCGUACGACUCGAUACAAAACAGCCCCGUCCAAACCAGGCCGGUAAUGUACACCACACCCACCUAUCUGAACGUCAACGAUUCGGAGGACAGCUCCAGCAUACACACGGAGUACACGCUGCUAGAUUAUGACCUAGAUAGCGAGGACGAGAGUACGCAAAACAUGAUCAACGAAAGCAUCGAACUAGUUACCACAUUAUGAAUCUCCAAGAGGAAUACCAGUUAGAAUUACCUAUACGCUAUUGAUAAUGCGUUCAAACUAAUCAUGUAUCGUCGAGGACGAGGUUAUUUCCCAAUUAAGUGUACCCGAUGAUAUCCUCACUGGAAUUCAGUUACGUGACUCCCGGCAUUGUUUACGCUAAUUAAUAAAUUGUUACAGGAAAUAUUCUUAUUGUUAGCUAAUUUAAUGUUGCGGUUUUGAAUGGAAUGUGAGAGAUCACGUUCCUGUUAGUGUAUCUGUGUUUAAGUGGGUUUAAACAAUAUGUUUUAAUUAUUAUUGUUAAAAAAAGACAUAACCAUCAAUUUCAAAAGGAGAAGACCGUGGGUCUUCAUUGAUUUAUAUCACUCAUAAUAAUUAUUUAUAGGUGGUUUUUUUAAUGGAAAUGAGAACUCUUAUACUUACUUUACAUACGAGUACAAAAGGCAUGAAUACAUUUUACUAAUUUAAACAACAUUGACAAAAAUUUUACCCCAAAAUUAUAGACGAUGCCAAUAAUAUGGAAAAAUAUAUUUUGUAACCGAGUCAAAUUUAAUCCGGAGUAAAAUUAUCAAUUUAUUUGAUUCAAUGGCUAUUCACGAAUGAGGAAGAAAUACGGAAUAAUAAAUAAAUGAUCACAGCGGAAACUUGAUAACAAAGUUAUUUAAUAUUGAUAAAGUUGUAAAUAUAUGUUAUGAUAUAAAUUAAUGUUUAUUAACACAUUAAAUUUUAUGUUAUAAUCAUAUGUAUGACAUCAUAAGAAAUAGAUCAAUAUUUUUAUGUUCAAAGGUACAUUGAAAUAAAUAUGAUGAUAAAAGUAAUAAGAACUACAAUAACUCAAAUACAUUACUUUAUAUAAUA